CUGAAGUAAUUGGAACGAUGACUCGGUCCUCUAAUCAGUUUGUUAGCCGACUCAGUUCUCUGAAAACGCUGGUGAUGAGAUCACCCUUUAACAUGAAUCAAUUAAUUCAUCACCCAGGAGCUCGCGUGACUCCGAGGACAUAUAAUCUGGUCUAUGUCGGCAUUCCAUCAUAAUCUGAAGGGUAAAACAGUCUAUCAGUCGCCUCGAAACCCACGCAAUUUCACCGACUCGCGGUGAUAUAUAAGGAGACUUGUAUAGGAGAAAGAAGGAAAAACCAUAGUCAGGUUUUAACGACCAGAGGCGUAGACAGGGAGAUAGAGUGUAGGGAGAGAGCGAGCGAGCGUGAAAAGAGUUUCGUAUUAAAAUGCCGAAGAACAAGGGAAAGGGAGGCAAGAACCGCAAGAGAGGAAAAAAUGAGGCAGACGACGAGAAGCGAGAGCUAGUUUUCAAGGAAGACGGUCAGGAAUACGCUCAGGUCCUCCGUAUGCUAGGAAAUGGCCGGUGCGAAGCCAUGUGUAUUGAUGGUUCCAAGCGGCUCUGCCACAUCCGAGGGAAGAUGCACAAAAAGGUCUGGAUCGCCGCCGGGGAUAUUAUCCUUGUUGGCCUUAGGGAUUACCAGGAUGAUAAGGCUGACGUCAUCCUCAAAUACAUGGCUGAUGAGGCCAGACUAUUGAAAGCUUACAGUGAAUUACCUGAUAAUAUGAGAUUGAACGAAGUGAUGGCUGGUGGUAUUGACGACGAGGAUGAUAUUGCUGGCGAUGAUUACGUUGAAUUUGAGGACGAAGAUAUUGAUAAGAUAUAAAUUCCCGUACUGUAUUUCAAUAUAAAAGGUUUUUUUUUUCCUUUGAAAUUCCGGUUUGAGCUUUUUACUAUCGUGUGUAGUAUUAGCCAUUAGGAUGUGAAUUGUUAAGGAUAGCCAUUCUUGUGCUGAUAGUGAGCUAAUAACAAAAUCAAGAAUUACUUGAUAAACAAAAAAAAAAAAAAAAAAAGGAAAUGUCAAUUCAGAGGUGAUUCAGGAUGGAAGGAAAUGCAAGAAGGCCCUGGAAGAUUUAAGAAAAAAAAAAAUAGUGGUUUGGCUAUUGGGUGAGGAUUAAGCUGUUUGGAAUUGUAUUUUCUAUUUGUUAUUUGUUUUGCCUUAGAUCUAAGCUGCUUGGGAGUUGGAUUUUUUAUUUUUUAUUUUUAGAGAGUUUUUGUAACAAGGUUUCUUGAUGUAAAUUUGAAUGUAACCAUCUUUGGAUUCUUGGAA